UAACACUGAAAAUGCGUUGCCGCGGACUCGGGCGGUUCGGGCGGGGAGCGCUGUGCUAGACAACUAACGCGCGCAAUGGAGGAUGAGAGGCAAGCCGGUGACGGGGAAGAAAACCCCAUGUCACCCAAGCCUACGAAGUGGACGCCCAACCAGCACCAUUUGAAAAUCCUCCUCGGUAUGGGAAUUAACCGCAACGCUGCCAUAAAGGCACUGUACUACACCGGAAACCAAGGCCCUGACUUUGCUGCUCAGUGGAUUUUCGAGAACAAUGACGAGGACAUUGAUGCUCCUCUCGAUCUCGAUGCCUCAGAUGAAAGCGACACGGAAGACGAGGAUGCUCCCGAAACAUACAAAAUGGUGUUUGCUGUCAACACUGAGCUUGAGAUGGGCACAGGAAAAAUUGCUGCCCAGGUGGCGCACGCUGUCCUCGGCUUGUACAGGCUGCUUCUGCAAGAUGAGGCGAAGUACGGCAACAUGCUUCUGCUGUGGGAGGAAUACGGACACCCUGUGCCAUAUGGUACGGGGAUGUGUCGGAAAACAUGGCACCAUAGACACUCACAGACUAACUGAAGAGCAGUGGGAGGCCAAGCUUUCAGACCCGGACCCAAAGAGACAGUGCCGCCUCAUCGAACGGGCAUGAGAGAUUGCCAUGGCCCGCGGCUACCUGGAAUAAGGAGGCCACCCACCUAGGGCGCAGACUGCGCUUGC